AUGCUGCUAAAGGUAUGAAAAAUUAAUCUUAAAAAUUAUAGCAAAUACUUUAAAUGAUUUAAAUAGAUUCGAAGAGGCUUUAGAGUAUUAUGAUUUUGCCAUCUAAUACGACCCUGAUCUCACUGAUCAUUAUGUUAAUAAAGGUAUCGAAGAAAUAUUAUUAAAUUUUAUCUUUUACUUUAUGUAGAAUGACUAGAUUUGAGGAUGCAUUAUAGUGUUAUGGUUAUGCUAUUGAAAUAAAUCCAGAAUUUCAGAUAAUUAUGCUAAUAAAGGUAUUAACUUUACAUAAAAUGAGAAGAUUUGAGGAGGCUUUGUAGUAGUAUAAUUAAGCUAUUUAAUAAGAUCGAGAAAUUUCAACAUAUUUUUUUAAUAAAGGUAUUAAAAUCUAAUAUUAAAUGUUAGCUGUUACUUUAAGAACAAAUGAGUAGGUAUGAAGAGGCAUUAGAAUAUUAUGACUAUGCUGUUCAGAAAGAUUUAGAAGAAUCAAGAUAUUUUAUAAACAAAGGUAUCAUUUAGCAACAAUAUUCAAUUUUGUAGCUGAAUCAUUACAAAAACUAAAUAAAUUUGAAAAAGCAUUAAAUUAAUAAUAUUAUCCUCUUUAAUAAAAUCCUGAAAAUUCUAAAUACUUCUUUUAUAAAAGUAUUUAUUGAUACUACUGUAAUCAUAGCUAACACUUUAUAAAAAAUCAAUAGAUUUGAAGACGCAUUAUAUUAAUGUAAUUAAGCAGUCCAAUUAAACCCAUAAGAUUCAGAUAAUUAUGUUGCAAAAGGUAUUCAAUUUAAAAGCAUUCAACUUAGCUAAUGUUUUAUUUGAUAUGAAUAGAUUUGAGGAAGCAUUGGAAUAGUAUGAUAAUGCAAUUAAAAAAAACUCCAAUGAUUCAUAUAUUUUAUGA